GAGGCCUCCCGAUCCAUGAGUGGGCACCGGAGCAUCAAGAGGCGAUGUGGGGAGUCCCACCUGGAGUCCGUGGCAGGCUGUGGUCACGGUCCUGCUGCUGCUGGGUGUGUGCUGAGCAAGCUGGUUCAGUUGCCUACACCUCCCCUCUCAAAGCACCAGCUGAAACGGUUAGAAGAGCACAAGUACCAGAGUGCUGGACGCUCCCUGCUUGAGCCUCUCAUGCAAGGUUACUGGGAAUGGUUAGUUGGAAGAGUUCCAGCCUGGAUUGCCCCCAAUCUGAUCACCAUCAUUGGACUGUUAAUAAAUAUAUUUACAACUCUGCUAUUAGUAUAUUACUGCCCUACAGCUACAGAGCAGGCACCUCCCUGGGCAUACAUUGCCUGUGCAUGUGGCCUUUUCAUCUACCAGUCUCUGGAUGCCAUAGAUGGAAAACAAGCAAGAAGGACAAACAGCAGCUCCCCCUUAGGAGAGCUCUUUGAUCAUGGCUGUGACUCACUUUCUACAGUCUUUGUGGUUUUGGGAACUUGUGUUGCUGUGCAGCUGGGAACCAACCCUGACUGGAUGUUCUUUUGUUGUUUUGCUGGAACCUUCAUGUUUUACUGCGCUCACUGGCAGACCUACGUCUCGGGAACGCUGCGCUUCGGCAUAUUUGAUGUUACGGAGUCUGUGCUCUGUACUGUAGCCAUCCAGCUCCUCACAGGAACUCUGGGGCCCAGCUUCUGGAACUACACG